AACUUAAUUGCAUCUCAUCCGGUGCAUUAGACAGGUGAAGUAUAUAACAAGGAUUCCACUGCAAAUUAAAAUGAUUUCUCCAAUUUCUCGGGAAAAAUGUGGACAAACAAAGAAGACCCAAUAAUUAGGGUUCUACACGAUCUCUAUACAAUGAUUAUUCAUACACUUAAUUUCCCACUUCCUAUCACAACAAACGCUUUUCCGACGAUAGUUUAUCCUGAAAAUUCGUCUUCUUUGUCAAUUCGACGUAGUACGACGCCAUAUUAUUCGACACAAAUACCUCCCGCGUUGUUUGCUUGCUUAAUUUUGGGGAUUUCGCUGUGGUUGAUGUUAUUUGGAUCAGUGAUUUUUCUAUUAGGCUUUAUACUUAUGCCAUGGAUAAUUGUAUUGGUUUUUAUCAUCUAUUUUGCUGGGUUUCUCUUCAGUUUGUCGGAUUUUGGGCGAAAUUCUCUCAAAUGGGGUUUACCUGCGGAAGACUUUUAUGCUUGGACGCGCAUGUAAGGAUGACCCUGCUUGUCCAUCAACUGUAGAGAAUUUUGGCUUGCUGUAUUGUAUUGCUGUAUCUUGUCUGCAUAUUAGUGUUGUAAGAUUUUCUUCUCUAUGUAUAAUUGACUGGCUUUUGGAUUCUAUUCUAGUUGAAUGUAUAAUAUGAAUGCUCAUUAUAAAGUAUGUUGAAAGCAACUACUUUAGUGUUCUUUCUUCAA